AUGUAUAAAAUAGUCGAGACAAUAGAAAGAGGUUCCAAGCAACUAACUGUAGUUCCCCAGGCUUGGAAGAAAGGAGGGGUGCUUUUUUGGCCCAAAAUGAAGACGGAAAAACUUAAUAAAAUAGGAACCUCUAUACCUAAAGAUUCUUGGUUCCAAAUGGGUUGUAAAUUAAAAAGAAAAGAAUUAGAAACAUACGAAAGUGCCGAACUAGAAUUAUGUGCUAUGCUUAAUAAAGAGGAUUCGACUGAGUCAGAGGAACAAGAGGUAGUCCCGCUAAAAAAACGGGCUAGAGUUAUGCUGUCAAAGAAAAACACAGGAUAUGAAUGUAAUGAAAUUUCUAUGAAGGCUGUUUCCAUGCCGGCUCUAGGAAAAAACACAGUAUGUGAAAUAUGCGAGUAUUCGCCGAUGGUGGUACAUUUUAAACACCCGUGCUUACUGUUAAAAUUUGUAACACCUGCAAAAACAAGGAGUCCUUCCGAAAAGAUUUUUUGGGCUUCACUAACAAAAGGUUGCAAAAAUGCCGAUAAACUGGACGGUUUUCCUGAACCACAGUAUGCCGAUGACCAUAGGUUCAGGUAA